AUGUCCUACUAUCCGCCUUAUUCUGGCCCGCCGGGCUACCCCCCACCACAGCAGCAACAGCAGCAGCAGUACUCGUAUCCUCCUAAUUACGGAUCUCCACAGCCUCAUCAACAAAUGCAGCAUCAUCAUCACCAACAAUCUUCCUACGGCGGCGGUUACCCCGGCCAAGCGUACCGUGAGCAACAUCCUCCUCCGAAUCCUUACGGGUAUGGCCAGCCCUCCCCUCAGCCUGGUUACGGCGCGCCUCCUCCACACAAUGGUUACAGUCAACCGCCGUCGGGAUACGGCCAGCCGCCACCACCGACUGGUAACGCGGUGUACGGUGGAAGACCGCCUGGCAUGAACCAGUAUCAGAACUCCUACUCGCACGGCCACCAGGGUGGUCCACCACCACCACCCACUGAUCCGGUCGCGUUCGGACACGGGGCUCCUCAGGGAUACAGUUUCCAGUACUCUCGGUGCACCGGUAAGCGCAAGGCCUUGCUGAUUGGAAUCAACUAUUUCGGGCAGAAGGGUCAGCUGCGUGGUUGUAUCAACGAUGUCAAGAACAUGUCGACGUAUCUGAACCAGAACUUUGGCUACGCGCGGGAGGACAUGGUGCUGUUGACGGAUGACCAGCAGAACCCCAUGAGCCAGCCUACGAAGGCUAACAUCCUGCGGGCCAUGCAUUGGCUGGUCAAGGAUGCGCAGCCGAAUGAUUCUCUCUUUUUCCAUUACUCAGGUCAUGGUGGUCAAACUCCGGACUUGGAUGGCGACGAGGAAGACGGAUACGAUGAAGUCAUCUACCCUGUCGACUUUCGGCAAGCCGGUCACAUCGUGGACGACGAGAUGCACCGGAUCAUGGUCCGCCCACUACGUCCGGGAGUACGCUUGACCGCAAUCUUCGACUCGUGUCAUUCGGGCUCCGCCUUGGACCUCCCCUACAUUUACUCGACACAGGGUAUCCUCAAGGAGCCCAACCUGGCCAAGGAGGCCGGACAAGGGCUGCUGGGAGUGGUCUCGGCCUACGCGCGCGGCGACAUGGGCGGCAUGGUGUCCACCGCGGUUGGGUUCCUGAAACGCGCCACCAAGGGCGACGAGGCCUACACGCGCAGCAAGCAGACCAAGACCAGCCCGGCGGACGUCAUCAUGUGGUCCGGCAGCAAGGACAGCCAGACCAGCCAGGACGCCCAGAUCGCCGGCCAGGCCACCGGCGCCAUGUCCUGGGCGUUCAUCACCGCUCUCCGCAAGAACCCCCAGCAGAGUUAUGUACAGUUACUGAACAGUAUCCGGGACGAAUUGGCGACCAAGUACUCGCAGAAACCGCAGCUGAGCUGCAGUCAUCCAUUGGAUACGAACCUCCUCUACGUCAUGUAA